AUGAAGAGAGAGCCCCAGAUGUUCCAGCCAUCUCAGCCCACGCACCAGCCAACCUCCGCACUCUCCGGCCGCGAGUCGCGCUCGCACACGCCUCCUGCACGCCUCCGCCCGUGGACCCCCAGCUCUCGGGCCCCUCCCCUCACUCCGGCUCCCCCAACCCUCCCGCGGCUCCCUCUCCCCCAUUGUCUGGGGCCUCCCCGCGUCUCCCUGCCUCCUCCCCGCGCCGGCCCCGCCCCGGCCUCGGCGCCCCGCCCGCUGCUGCUGCUGUGGGCGGCCGCGGCGGGGCCAGGGGCAGGACAGGAAGUACAGACAGAGAAUGUGACAGUGGCUGAGGGUGGGGUGGCCGAGAUAACCUGCCGUCUGCACCAGUACGAUGGAUCUAUAGUUGUCAUUCAGAACCCUGCCCGGCAGACCCUCUUCUUCAAUGGUACCCGUGCCCUGAAGGAUGAGCGUUUCCAGCUUGAGGAGUUCUCCCCACGCCGGGUACGGAUCCGGCUCUCAGAUGCGCGCCUAGAGGACGAGGGGGGCUACUUCUGCCAGCUCUACACGGAGGAUACCCACCACCAGAUUGCCACGCUCACUGUACUGGUGGCCCCGGAGAAUCCUGUAGUGGAGGUCCGGGAACAGGCGGUGGAGGGCGGCGAGGUGGAGCUCAGCUGCCUCGUUCCACGGUCCCGCCCGGCCGCCGUCCUGCGCUGGUACCGGGACCGAAAGGAGCUGAAAGGAGUGAGCAGCAGCCAGGAAAAUGGCAAAGUCUGGAGCGUGGCGAGCACAGUGCGGUUUCGUGUGGACCGCAAGGACGACGGCGGUAUCGUCAUCUGCGAGGCGCAGAACCAGGCGCUGCCCUCCGGACACAGCAAACAGACGCAGUACGUGCUGGAUGUGCAGUACUCCCCCACGGCCCGGAUCCAUGCCUCCCAAGCUGUGGUGAGGGAGGGAGACACGCUGGUGCUGACAUGUGCUGUGACGGGGAACCCCAGGCCAAACCAGAUCCGCUGGAACCGCGGGAAUGAGUCUUUGCCAGAGCGGGCCGAGGCAGUCGGGGAGACGCUUACGCUGCCCGGCCUGGUAUCCGCGGAUAAUGGCACCUACACCUGCGAGGCGUCGAACAAGCACGGCCACGCGAGGGCGCUCUAUGUGCUCGUGGUCUACGACCCUGGUGCGGUGGUAGAGGCUCAGACGUCGGUGCCGUACGCCAUUGUGGGCGGCAUCCUGGCGCUACUGGUGUUUCUGAUCAUCUGUGUGCUGGUGGGCAUGGUCUGGUGCUCAGUACGGCAGAAGGGCUCCUAUCUGACCCAUGAGGCCAGUGGCCUGGAUGAGCAGGGAGAAGCAAGAGAAGCCUUUCUCAACGGCAGCGAUGGACACAAGAGGAAAGAAGAAUUCUUUAUCUGACCCCACCUCCACCCCAGGCAUGGGCCUGGGCUGGGGUCCACCCCACUGCCAGCUGCAAAGACAUUUACCAGAGUCUGGGAUGGUGGGCUUCUCCCCCCACCACUAACACCUCAGACGCUUGGGCAGGGAUGGGGGUGUCGGAUGCCUGGGUCUCUGCAAGGGCCAGAAGCAAGGGCCCAGAGGUCUGGGUCCCCCAGGGGGGCAAGGGCCAAAGGUCCAGACUCCCAAGUCCAGGGAGGGCGGUAGGGAUUGGGUUGGGGGAAGAUAACUGGGGGAAGGCCAAGGCCCCUAGGCUGCAGAACCAGGUCUUG